AUGGCGGAUGCUACACAUAAUCACGUUCUUGAGCAUGAAAUUGAAGAUCGCGUGGAGAAUCGUCUCAGUUCCAAGAUUGAUGAAAGAUUCAUGGAGAUGGCAGCUUCGAUGCAGCAAACUCUUCAUGAUUCCCUGACACUGUCAUUAGCCUUGUCGAUAUCGCAGCAAAUGCAUGACCUUAUACGCAAUAACAGUAAGGGUAAAACUCAUUCUCCAACGGGGGGAAGCCCAAUUCGAGGUGAGAGAUCUUCUUAUUCUUGCAGAACACGUCUAGCUAGAAUUGAUUUUCUGCGUUUCUCUGGUAGUGAUGUUAAACAAUGGUUAAUCCAAUGUGAUACAUUUUUCUCUAUUGAUAAUACACUUGAGGAGUUUAAGGUAAGGUUGGUGGUGGUACAUUUCGAAGGGAAGGCCCUUCAAUGGCAUAGCUCUUAUGUGAAAUCUGUAGGAUUGCAGAACCUACCACCUUGGUCAGAAUAUACAAGGAUUUUAAUUGAAAGGUUUGGCAAAGUAUGUGAUGAUCCUAUGGCUGAAUUGAUGCAAUUGGGGCAGAAGGGAUCGAUAGGGGAAUACCAUGAAGCUUUUGAUGAUAUUGUAGCUCGCUUGGAUUUGAGUGAGGAGCAUAGGCUAAGUUGCUUUUCGGGGGGGGGCUUAAACAAGAAGUCCAGAGUUCGAAUGUUUCAACCAAAUUCUGUCCGACGGGCCUUCACAUUAGCAAAAAUGCAUGAGGCAGCAACUGUGCAUGGUUCUGUUACAAAAUCUUGGAAUAAACAGUCUAAACCUGAGGUUUCUUCUAAACCACCAUUGUUACCUACACCUCCUAAAACUAUUUCCAAGACACAAGAUAUACCCAAAAUAAAGCAGCAAGCCUCUAAAACUUUAACCCCUGCGUAUAUGAGUGAUAGAAGAGCAAAAGGGUUAUGUUAUUUCUGUGAUGAACCCUUUACGCCUGAGCAUGGUUUGAGUCAUAAAACACUGCAGUUGCAUGUGAUGGAAGUGGAUGAGUUACAGGAGGGUGCAGAGGAAGAAGUGUUGCUUGAAAACUCAACGGGGUCCAGCUCUAUAGAUCCUCAAAUUUCUGUCCAUGCCCUCACAGGAAUUGCCAAUUUCCACACCAUGCGUGUGACAGGCUAUUACCAAAAGAAGCCUCUCCAUAUGUUGAUUGACAGUGGGAGGAGUACCCACAAUUUUCUGGACAUUGAGGUGGCCAAAAAAUUGGGUUGCAAAAUUAAUGCUUUUGAUUCCUUGAGUAUGGUUGUUGCUGAUGGUACACAGUUAAACGUGUCUGCUGUUGUUAGAGGAUUCCAGUGGAUAAUUCAGCAAACCAAAUUCACUUCUGAUAUGUUACUCAUUCCAUUGGGAUGCUGUGAUUUGGCCUUGGGAGUGGAGUGGUUGGUUUCCUUGGGUGAUAUUGUAUGGAAUUUUAAUAAGUUGCAGAUGGAGUUCUAUGUUAAGGGAAGGAGACAUGUGUUAAGAGGGGCCUCUACUGGAUUAAAAACAGUUAAGAAGCAACAAUUGGGGAAGGCUAUGUCUACUGGUGUUCAUUUGUCAAUUUUGCAAGUAUGUGAUGGACAAAUGGGUCUUUUGAACUCACUUACAACUCAAGUUGUUGAUAAAGAAGUCCCUCCUACUCUUGCCAAGUUAUUGGAUGAGUUCUCUGAUUUAUUUCAAGAACCUAGUGGGUUACCUCCUCACAGACCUGGUCAUGACCAUCGAAUUCCACUAGUUCAAGGUGUUGGUCCUAUCAGUAAGAGACCAUACAGGCAUCUUAACAAGCAUACAGUUAAGAACAAGUUUCCAAUUCCUUUAGUAGAUGAUCUAUUGGAUGAAUUGGCAGGUUCUAGCAUUUUCUCCAAAAUCGAUUUGAGGUCAGGAUAUAAUCAAGAGAGAAUGGAUCCUGCUGAUGUGUAUAAGACUGCUUUUAAGACUCAUGCUGGGCAUUUUGAAUACUUAGUGAUGCCCUUUGGUCUCACUAAUGCACCUGCAACAUUUCAAGGGCUUAUGAACUCAGUUUUUAAGGAGUCUUUGAGGAAGUUUCUACUGGUGUUCUUUGAUGACAUUUUGGUUUAUAGUUGUUCAUUGGAAGACAAUUUGCUGCAUUUACACAAAGUUUUGGAAACUAUGAGGGCGAAUUCCUUGUUUGCUAAGAGGAGUAAGUGUUAUUUUGGGGUUUCUAAAGUAGAGUACCUUGGCCACUUCAUUUCUAAGGAGGGGGUAUCAACUGAUCCAGCUAAAGUGCUUGCAGUAGAAUAG